UUUAUCUCCAACUCCAACUCCAACCCCACAUUUUCCAUUUCUCCUUUAGGCUUUAGGGUUUAUCUUCUCCAUUUCUCUCUCUCUCAAAAUUCCCCAAUUUACAGCCGGCAAUUUACCCAAAUGGCGUCCUCCACCGCCCAAAUCCAUGGCCUCGGCACUAGUGCAUCGUUCCGGAGCAAUCCCUUUCACCGGAAUCUCUCGUCGUCCUCGAGAGCGUUCUUCUUUGGGGAGAGAUUCGGGAAAGCGGCGUCAUAUCCGAGGCUGAGAGCGAAGGCUAGGGUUGGGCCGGUGAGGGUAGUGAACGAGAAGGUGGUGGGGAUCGAUCUGGGGACGACAAACUCGGCGGUGGCGGCGAUGGAGGGAGGGAAGCCGACGAUCGUGACUAACGCGGAGGGGCAGCGAACGACGCCGUCGGUGGUGGCGUACACUAAGAACGGGGACAGGCUGGUGGGGCAAAUCGCGAAGCGCCAGGCGGUGGUGAAUCCGGAGAACACGUUCUUCUCCGUGAAGAGGUUCAUAGGGAGGAAGAUGUCAGAGGUGGACGAGGAGAGCAAGCAGGUAUCGUACAGGGUCGUCAGGGACGAGAAUGGGAAUGUUAAGCUCGAAUGCCCCGCUAUUGGGAAACAAUUUGCUGCCGAAGAAAUCUCCGCUCAGGUUUUGAGAAAGCUUGUGGAUGAUGCUUCAAAGUUUUUGAAUGAUAAAGUUACUAAAGCUGUGGUAACGGUGCCUGCUUACUUCAAUGACUCCCAAAGGACAGCGACAAAGGAUGCUGGUCGGAUUGCUGGUUUAGAAGUUCUUCGAAUCAUUAAUGAACCUACUGCUGCUUCGUUAGCAUAUGGGUUUGAAAGGAAAAACAAUGAGACCAUCUUGGUAUUUGACCUUGGUGGUGGUACUUUUGAUGUCUCAGUGCUUGAGGUUGGUGAUGGAGUUUUUGAAGUUCUUUCUACCUCUGGAGAUACGCACUUGGGCGGUGAUGAUUUCGACAAGAGAGUUGUUGAUUGGCUUGCUGCAAGCUUCAAGAGAGAUGAAGGAAUAGAUCUAUUGAAGGACAAACAAGCUCUUCAGCGGCUAACAGAGACGGCUGAGAAAGCUAAGAUGGAGUUGUCAUCUUUAACGCAGACAAACAUUAGUUUGCCAUUCAUUACUGCCACUGCAGAUGGUCCCAAACACAUUGAAACUACCAUCACUAGGGCCAAAUUUGAGGAAUUGUGUUCUGACCUUCUUGACAGGCUUAAAACACCAGUUGAAAAUUCCUUGAGGGAUGCCAAACUCUCCUUUAAAGAUCUUGAUGAGGUGAUCCUUGUUGGAGGAUCAACACGUAUCCCGGCUGUUCAGGAGCUUGUGAAGAAGUUGACUGGGAAGGAUCCCAAUGUGACAGUUAAUCCUGAUGAAGUUGUUGCCCUAGGGGCUGCAGUUCAGGCUGGUGUUUUGGCUGGGGAUGUCAGUGAUAUCGUGCUCUUGGAUGUUUCACCGUUGUCACUAGGUCUAGAAACUCUAGGUGGUGUAAUGACAAAGAUCAUCCCAAGAAAUACUACUUUGCCGACCUCCAAGUCAGAGGUUUUCUCCACAGCUGCAGAUGGGCAGACUAGUGUUGAGAUUAAUGUUCUUCAAGGCGAGCGGGAGUUUGUUAGGGACAAUAAAUCUCUUGGCAGUUUCCGUCUGGAUGGUAUCCCACCUGCACCUCGUGGGGUUCCUCAAAUUGAAGUAAAAUUUGACAUUGAUGCCAAUGGUAUCCUCUCGGUCACUGCUAUUGACAAGGGCACAGGAAAGAAGCAAGACAUUACCAUUACUGGUGCUAGCACCUUGCCCAGUGAUGAGGUGGAGAGGAUGGUUAAGGAAGCAGAUAAGUUUUCAAAGGAGGAUAAGGAGAGGAGAGAUGCCAUUGACACAAAGAACCAAGCUGAUUCUGUUGUCUACCAGACGGAGAAGCAACUCAAGGAGCUGGGAGACAAGGUUCCCGGGCCAGUGAAAGAAAAGGUGGAGGCAAAACUUGGAGAGCUCAAGGAUGCAAUUUCAGGGGGUUCAACCCAAACCAUUAAGGAUGCCAUGGCAGCCCUUAACCAGGAAGUCAUGCAGCUUGGUCAGUCCCUUUACAACCAACCGGGUGCUCCUGGUGCCGGUGCCGGUGCCGGUCCUGGUCCUGGUGCUGGUGCUGGGCCUGCACCUGGGAGUGAAUCUGGGCCUUCAGAAUCAUCGGGCAAGGGGCCUGAAGGGGAUGUUAUUGAUGCAGAUUUCACCGAUAGCAAGUGAGAUAGCCAAAAAUGCGAUAUUUUUUGCCGCACUUAUGUUCUUCCCUGGCAAUGUGUAUAAGAAUUGAAUUUUGCAGGGAUCGGAUUUGGUUGGUACUGGGGUUACAGUUCCAGUCUUCAUUUUGUUUUUCUAGUUUUAUGGAGAAAGAAAUGCUAUUGGAAAUAUAGAGGUUAAGACUAUUUUAUUUGUUUCCCCUGAUGCAAAUCUUUGGGUGAGUAAAGCAGAUGUACUUUGUUUAAAAACUAUUACUUUCUUUCUUUUC